UGACAACUAGAAAAAUGCAAUUUUAAUUAAACAAUGACGCUUGCACACCGUGCUCUCUUCACAUGGUUCAUAGUACUGGCAUUCCUUAUACUGCUCUGUUGGCGUCUAUCACCACGGACGACAUGGAACUGGUUUGUGACAUUUACGCCGCUUUGGUUCUUCGAUUGCAUCCUCAUCAUUUACGUGCUGAUCAAAUUCAUCCGCAAGUGGCGCAACCUGAAUCGACUGGUUGAUCUCCUAUUCCUCUACAAGUGGAACAUUGGCGGUGUGUUGCUGACCAUCACAUCGCAAGUGAUGAUAUGCAUGACCCUCGAGUAUCCACAACAGAUACCCAUCUAUGUGACAAUGGCACCCCUGAUCCUCCUGCUCGGCACGGCCAUCGUCUAUGUGGGCGGCAAACUACGCCAGCGUGAGGGCUGGCUAAAUUAAUAAACCAUAUUUAUAUUAUUAUGCUUAAGCUAAGUUUAUUUGUAAUUGAUAUAUAAGAAUGAUGAGACAGUGUU